UUUUCACACGUGUCACAUUUCCCUUCAUCUCUCUAAUUCUCUCUCUCUCUCUCUCUUCUUCCCCGUACUUCCCGGAGACGACGCCGGCGGAAAUCGCACGGAACUUAGCUUCGACUUCACGUGGCCGCUCCACGAAGCGUUUUGGUUUUUCUUCCCUUUUCUCUCUCUCUAGAAAAGUUCCUUUGCCUUUCGUCACCACCAAUCGAAAUAGGAGGUGAAUUUUGGUUUUGGUGGAGAGCGAUUUUCGGGAGCCAGAGAAAGAAAUAAGCAGCUUCUUCUUCGCCUUCCUUGCUGAUCGUUUGGACCUUGACUUUUGUUUUCAGGUUUCGAUUUCUAGAGAUUGAUUGAUUGUCGAUCUUUUGUGGUUAGCUAAGCAAUGACCGGCGUUGGCGAGAACCAGCUUAUCUCCAUUCAACCUGAUGAGCUCAAAUUUCUUUUUGAACUCGAGAAGCAAAGCUACUGUGAUCUCAAAGUUGCCAAUAAAACAGAGCACUAUGUUGCUUUCAAGGUGAAAACAACAUCUCCAAAGAAGUAUUUUGUAAGACCCAACACUGGCGUCAUACAGCCAUGGGACUCCUGCAUCAUUAGAGUUACUCUACAAGCGCAACGGGAGUAUCCACCAGAUAUGCAGUGCAAAGACAAGUUUCUCCUUCAGAGUACCAUUGUACCUCCACACACUGAUGUGGAUGAACUUCCACAAGACACAUUUACCAAGGACAGUGGCAAAACAUUAACAGAGUGCAAGCUCAAGGUCUCGUAUAUCUCCCCGUCUACAACGCAAAGAUCCUCUGAAUCUGGAGCAACCAAUGGUGAUGGAAAUGGCUCCGAAACCAUCUCUACUAUACAGCGGCUGAAGGAAGAGCGAGAUGCAGCUGUUAAGCAAACACAACAGCUGCAACAUGAAUUGGAGGUGGCGAAGAGACGAAGAAACCAGAGGAACAGUGAUGGGUUAUCCUUAAAGUUGGCAGCUUUGGUUGGGCUCAUCGGACUCAUCAUCGGUUUCAUCUUAAAACUCACCUUAGCUUCUCCCACUUAACGAAUCUCAGCUUUUCCUGCAUCGUCUACCAUCUCAACAUUUGUAACCGCGGAAUCAAAAUGGCGUCACACAUUUUGGGGGUAUUCUACUCUGUUAACUCUCUAUACGGCUAUAUCUCUUAUCCCUCUCAGUCUUUUUCUCUAUGAUCUGUUCUACUUGUUUCCUCCAUCAAAUUUGCUUCUUUUUCAGUUAUAUUUGGAUAUGUACAUUUUUAAGCCAACAGACCCUUUCACAUUCUCUUUACUUUUUCAUUUAAUGGAAAUGCCUAAUCCUUUGUA